UUGGACAGGGUUCUGCCAUCUAGGGAGUCUGCCCUUUUCCAAAAGGAUAGAUAUCUUGAGGAGGAGAACAUGGCUGCUCUUUUCCAGACAGCGAAGUUGUCCCAGGUGUUUCAGGGCUUGUCAUUCAAGGAUGUGGCUGUGAACUUCACUGAGGAAGAAUGGAGAGAACUGGAUCCUGCUCAGAGAGACUUGUACAGGGAUGUAAUGCUGGAGAACUAUAGGAACCUAAUCUCCUUGGGCUUUCCAUUUUCUAAACCUGAUAUCAUCUGCCAGUUGGAACAAACAGUAAAUCCAUGGAUGCAGAAGGCAGAAUUGCUAAGAAGCAGCUGCACACAUUUGGAGACCAGAAAGUCAAACCCAAAGGAGGUAUUUUCUGAAAAAGAAUCAUACCAAGGGAUAAGUAUGGAAAGAAGCACAGGGGCUGAUGCAAGGACUUCUGGUUUGAAAGAAGCCCAGGGAUCUACAGAGAUUAAAGAGAAUGCUCAGGAUAGACUCUGGAAAGAAGCAACAGUUAUCUGCCAGAAAAGAACUUCUAUAGCCAAUAGUACCCCGAAAUGUAUUGAAUCUGGUAGACAUGUUAGUCUGAAGUCAGACAUUGUUAUACAAUCAAGACAUCAUAAGGAAGAGAGACCUUAUAUGUCUGAUGCUCAGGGAAAGAGUUUUAAACAGAAUUCAAAAUUGAUAAGACAUCAGAAAGAUAGCACUUAUGAGAAAGCUCUUCAGUGUAAUGAAUGUGGUAAAAUAUUCAGUGAUCGCUCAAUUUAUGCUCAACAUUGUAGAGCUCAUAAUGGAGAAAAAAAAUUGGAAUGUAAUCAGUAUGAGAAGACCUUUGGUCAUGGUAUACACCACACUGAACAUCAGAAAACUAAUAUUGGAGAGAAAUCUUAUGAAGAUAGGAAAGGGUAUAAGUGGAACUCACAACUUACCACCAAACAUCAUCAGAGUGUUCAUGGUGGGAAGGAAUAUAAUGUGCAUGAAAGAGCCUUAAUUCAGAAUGCACCAUUUAUUCAACAUCAGAGAACCCAACAUGGAGAGAAACCUUAUGAAUGCAGUGAAUGUAGAAAAACUUUUGGUAAUUAUUCAGCCCUAACAGUACAUCAGAGAAUUCAUACUGGAGAGAAACCAUAUGAAUGCAAGGAAUGUGGGAAAGCCUUUAAUCAUAAUGUCUCUCUUAGUCAACACCAGAGAAUCCAUACUGGAGAGAAACCCCAUGAAUGUAAUGAGUGUGGGAAGGCUUUUAUUCAGAUAACACACUUUAUUCAACAUCAGCGAAUUCAUACUGGUGAGAAACCUUAUGAAUGUAAUGAAUGUGGUAAAGCCUUCAGCCACAAUUCAUCCCGUAUUGAACAUCAGUUUAUUCACACUGGAGAGAAGCCCUACGAAUGCAGUGAAUGCGGGAAAGCCUUCAGUCACAACUCUUCUCUUAUUGUCCAUCAAUUUAUUCACACUGGAGAGAAACCCUAUGAAUGCAGUGAAUGUGGCAAGGUCUUUAGUCAGAGCUCACAUCUCUAUCAACAUCAGAGAACUCACACUGGAGAGAAACCUUAUACCUGUAACGACUGUGGGAAAGCCUUUAGUGAUCGAUCAGCCCUUAUUCGACAUCAGAGAACUCAUACUGGGGAAAAACCUUACAAGUGUAGAGAAUGUGGUAAAGCUUUCAGCCAGAGCUCAACUCUCAUAAAACACACAAAAAUCCACACUGGAGAGAAACCUUACACCUGUGAAGAUUGCGGGAAAGCAUUCAGCCAGAGUUCAUCCCUGACACAACAUCAGAAGAUUCAUACUGGGGAGAAACCGUUUGAUUGCCACGAGUGUGGGAAAGCCUUCAGUAGAAGCGCCCAUCUUACUCAGCAUCAGAGGAUUCACACUGGAGAGAAACCCUGUGAGUGUAAUGAGUGUGGCAGAGCUUUCCGGUGUAGUUCAGCCCUCAUUAGGCAUCAGAGACUCCACGGUGGAGAAUCACUCUGAAUGUGUGGUCAU